AUGGACGAAAACAACAAAAGGAUUGUUUCUUCUAAAUUUAUAGUUGCAUGUUUGUUGUUGAUCACUUGGAGCAUUGUUGCUCCACAAGCUGAGGCACGAGCAUUUUUUGUUUUUGGUGAUUCGCUUGUGGACAAUGGCAAUAAUAACUACUUAGCCACCACUGCUCGUGCCGAUUCAUAUCCCUAUGGCAUUGAUUCUCCAGCUCAUAGAGCCUCUGGUCGUUUCUCCAAUGGCCUCAACAUUCCUGACCUUAUCAGUGAAAAAAUUGGGUCAGAACCCACAUUACCAUAUUUGAGUCCAGAGCUUGAUGGUGAAAGGCUGCUUGUUGGUGCCAACUUUGCUUCUGCUGGGAUAGGAAUUCUCAACGACACUGGAAUUCAGUUUAUAAACAUAAUCCGAAUUACCCAGCAAUUGGCUUACUUCAAACAGUAUCAGCAAAGGGUAAGUGCACUAAUUGGAGAAGAGCAGACACAAAAACUAGUGAACCAAGCAUUGGUCCUCAUAACCUUAGGAGGCAAUGAUUUUGUCAACAACUAUUACUUGGUUCCUUUCUCUGCCAGAUCUCGCGAAUAUGCUCUUCCAGAUUAUGUUGUCUUCCUCAUGUCCGAGUAUCGCAAAAUUCUUGCGAAUCUGUAUGAAUUGGGAGCACGAAGGGUUCUGGUGACUGGCACGGGACCGUUAGGUUGUGUACCAGCUGAAUUGGCGUUGCAUAGCAGAAACGGGGAAUGUGCCACAGAGCUGCAACGAGCCGUUAACUUGUUCAAUCCUCAACUUGUCCAACUACUGCACCAACUCAACUCUCAAAUUGGUUCUGAUGUCUUCAUUUCCGCAAACGCCUUCACAAUGCAUUUGGAUUUCGUUAGUAAUCCACAAGCAUAUGGGUUUGUUACGUCAAAAGUAGCAUGCUGUGGUCAAGGAGCAUACAAUGGAAUUGGACUCUGCACCCCUGCUUCCAACUUGUGCCCAAACAGAGAUCUAUACGCAUUUUGGGACCCCUUUCACCCAUCCGAGAAAGCAAAUAGAUUGAUCGUGGAUAAAUUCAUGACUGGAUCCACCGAAUACAUGAACCCAAUGAACCUUAGUACAAUUAUUGCUUUAGAUUCUAGAACCUAAUGCAUCAUUCCUAUGAAUCGUCAUCUUUUCUUGUUUGUACACCUAAUUUCUACAAGAUAUUGUAUUAUUCUAGACGUUUAAGCUUAUGACGUUAAU